AUGGGCUCCUCCAAACGCGGUCCCUUCGGUGGGCGUCGUAUCGUUCCAAAUACUUUAACUGUUUCAAAUCACGAUUCCUUUUUUGUUGUCAAGCGUGUUUCCGAAAAAAAUGAAAAUUUUAAUUCUGUAUCACCUUUCCUCGUACAGAGGGCAUUCACAGCAACCGUAGGCGAGGUUUCUUCAAUCCGAAAAAUGCGUUCUGGCGACUUGCUGGUUGAAGUGAAUUCAAAAAAGCAAGCCCAGCAAAUAUUAAAAUUGAAAGCUUUAGCUACCAUUCCCGUUACAGUCAGUCCACACACGUCAUUAAAUUAUUCUAAAGGCGUUAUAACCUGCGGGGAAUUGUUUAAUGUUCCCCUUGAAGAAAUAUCUGCAGAACUAAAACAUCAAGGAGUCACCAAUGUACAACAGAUCUCUAUACGGCGGGAUGGCCAAAUCCUUCCCACUAAACAUUAUAUACUUACUUUCCAUAGUCCAAGUUUACCAGAAUUUAUUUAUGCAGGCUACAUUAAACUACCAGUAAGACAUUAUAUUCCUAACCCGUUGAGAUGUUUUCAGUGUCAGCGUUUCGGCCAUUCUAAAGCCAACUGCCGCGGGACUCUUACUUGCGCCCGCUGUGCUGAGAAAGGGCACGAUAGUCAGCAAUGUUCCGCACCUGAGAAGUGUGUGAACUGUGGUGGCAGUCACACUUCAUUCUCUAGAUCGUGCGAACGCUGGACACUUGAGAAAAAAAUCAUUACAGUGAAAAUAAAAGAAGCCUUAUCUUACCCUGAAGCCAGAAAGAAAAUUUUAUCUCAAACACCGACUCCCGGUUUGAGUUAUGCCUCCGCCGUACAGAAAUCGUUUUGCGUAAACUGUACGUGCCAGAACUGA